AUGGGUGAUGCUGGAAUUCCUCCCAAUCGCGCGGUUAUCCGUAGCAUGAACCCCAAUUAUAUUGGAUUCGAUUAUAUCGGCUGGUAUGUUGGAAAUGCCCGGCAGACAGUAUCAUACUUUGUCACCCACUACGGUUUCUCUGUUCUGGCAUACCGCGGUCCCGAGACGGGUUCGUUUGCUACGACGGCCUACGUUAUCGGGAACGGAGCAGCCCGGUUCAUGUUUACAGCGCCGCUCGACUCCCCAGAAAGCUCCUGGGACACACGGGCUAGUGAAGAGGAGCGCGCGUUCUGCUCCGAGGUGCACGCCCACUUGACCAAGCACGGCGAUGGUGUGAAAGAUAUUGCCUUCCAGGUAGAUGACGUGCGCGGCGUGUGGAAUCAUGCGGUGGAGAAUGGAGCAGAGUCUACCCGGGACCCUGAAGUGCUGAAGAGCGACGAUGGCGAAGUCCUCGUUGCUGGCAUUCAAACAUUUGGUGACACCAUUCACACGCUGAUUGACCGGUCUGCGUAUCAAGGUCCCUUCCUGCCCGGAUUCAAGGCUGUCGAACGCACAGACAGACUGCAAGAGCUGUUGCCAAAUAUUGACCUUCUUGAAGUCGACCACUGUGUCGGCAACCAGGGAUGGAAUGGCUUGGAUGGAAUUGUCAACUACUAUGAAAACACGCUCAAUUUCCACCGGUAUUGGACUGUUGACGACAAGGAGAUGUGCUCUGACUUUUCCGCCAUGCGGUCGGUGGUUGUUGCUUCACCGAACGAGGUGAUCAAAAUGCCACUGAACGAGCCCGCGAAGGGGAAGAAGAAGUCUCAGAUUGAGGAGUACGCCCUUUCCCUCUUGAGAUUCCACAAAUAUCUUCAUUUGAUUUCAGCUAACGAUGUUUGGUACAGAUUCUGCGACUACUACAAUGGCGCGGGGUGCCAGCAUAUCGCAUUCCGGACCCACAACAUCAUUGAAGCAGUCGACGGUCUGCUGAAGCGCGGUGUUGAAUUCCUCUCGGUGCCAGACUCGUAUUAUGUGGAUGUACGAAACAGACUAGAGCGAAUGGGCACCAAGGUUUCUGAGGAACUCGAGACGUUGCAGAAGUACAACAUUCUCAUUGACUUCGAUGAGGGUGGGUACUUGCUGCAGAUCUUCACCAAGCAUGUUGGCGACCGGCCUACUGUUUUCCUGGAGGUGAUCCAACGCGAGAACUUCGAUGGGUUCGGUGCUGGUAAUUUCAAGAGUCUUUUUGAGGCGUUUGAGCGCGAGCAGGCACUCCGUGGAAACCUGUAA